AUGCUGGCACCAAUGAAGAAGCCACUCGCAGAUCUGAAUAUCACCAACCCGUUGGCAAGUGUCGUCCACCAAGCCGACAGAAAUGGCAAGCAGCAGCCGAUUCUCACUGGUGUUCGCCGCGUAUCCCGCGAAGGAUCGAUUGGGAAGAAGACCCAGCAGCGAGGUAGCCUCCGUAACAUCUUCGGAAAUAUCUGGUCAGCAUUAGGUCUCCACGAGCAACAGCAGGAAGAUCUUGAAAAGGCCAAGCAAGGCGGAUCCAAUCCUAAGACUGCAGAGGUUAGAAGCAAAACGAUUGAACUGCGCCCAAGCCUCUUGCCUCCUGUAUCUCCCAAUGAUGCUGACAAAAAAUGCCUGGUGCUGGAUUUGGAUGAAACCCUGGUUCACUCUUCGUUCAGACGCACAGACAACUAUGACUUCAUCAUUCCUGUCGACAUUAAUGGAAUCAUUCACCACGUUUACGUGUGCAAGCGACCCGGUGCUGAGGAGUUUCUCAUCGAAAUGGCCAAGUACUACGAGAUCGUCGUGUAUACGGCCAGCCUCAGCGUGUACGCCGAUCCACUGCUUAAUAAGCUGGACCCGGAAGGCGUUAUUCGCUACCGUCUCUAUCGCGAGCACUGCGUCCAAUACGAGGGCAACUACGUGAAGGAUCUAUCCUUGCUUGAUCGCGACAUCUCGCAGACGAUCAUCGUUGACAACUCGCCGAUGGCUUACGCCUUUCACCCUCGGAACGCCAUCGGCUGCUCGAGUUUCUAUGACGAUCCGAACGACCGUGAGCUUGAAUCGAUUGCGCGUUUCCUGUCCAAGUUCCAGGACGUGGAGGAUGUGCGAAACCACAUGCAAAUGUGGGAUGCCAACUACUAA